AAAUCUGUUGUGAAUGUCCCUGUUAGUCAUUUAUAGAGUCCAGUCAGAAAUCCUACCAUGCUGGCCUGGAACAGAUGGACUUCCUGCAUGCUUGGGAGGAUGCCAGAAAACAAAUCAAUGGCUGGGUGGAGGAAAGGACUGAAGGUAAAAUUCAGAACCUGUUGGCAGAGGGGAUUCUGGAUUCCCUGACCAGGCUUGUGUUGGUGAAUGCCAUCUAUUUCAAAGGCAACUGGGAAAAGCCAUUCAGGAAAGCGAGUACCAGAGAGAGGCCAUUCCACAUUAAUAAGAAUGAAACCAGACCUGUGCAGAUGAUGUUCAAGAAGGCAAAUUUUAACAUAAGCUACAUGGGAGACUUGCAGACCAAAACCCUUGAGCUCCCCUAUGUGGGUAAUGAACUGAGCAUGAUCAUCCUGCUCCCUGAUGCAAUCCAGGAUGGAUCCACAGGCUUGGAAAGACUUGAAAGGGAAAUUACAUAUGAGAAGCUGAUGGGUUGGAUCAGUCCUAAAAUGAUGAGGUCUACAAAACUGAGGGUGUCUUUACCCAGAUUUAAACUGGAAGAAAAUUAUGAUCUGAAACCACUUCUGAGCAGCAUGGGAAUGCCUGAUGCAUUUGAGAUGGGCAAGGCAGACUUCUCAGGAAUCUCACCUGGUAAUGAGCUGGUGCUCUCUGAAGUGGUUCACAAAUCCUUUGUGGAAGUCAAUGAAGAAGGCACUGAAGCAGCUGCUGCCACAGCUGCAGUGAUGAUGAAUUGCUGUGCUAUGAUUGUUCCAGAAUUCACUGCUGAUCAUCCUUUCCUCUUCUUCAUCCGGCACAACAAAACUUCCAGCAUUUUGUUCUGUGGCAGAUUUUGCUGUCCCUAAGGAGGAGAU